UGCAUGUUUCCUGGUCUUCUUCUUCUUGGAGUUUAGGGGAAAAAACAGAGUAAAAAAGAAAGUUGCAGACCCUGUAGAGCUUUGUGCAAAAGAAAUCCCUUUAGCUUUAGGAGACAUUCUUCUUUGUCUUUCUUUGUGUUCUCAAGGUGGGUUUGAGAGAGAUCUCCAUGGAGAUCAAAGAGUGAAUGGGUGUAUUAAGAUUUUGGGUUUGGUUUUAGGAAUUCUUGUGUGAAUCCACCAUCUGUGAUUAAGCUUGUAAGCUUGUAAACAUAAUAUUGAUAUAAUGCAGAAGCUUGACGCCUGAGCAACAAGGACGUAGGUCGAUUUUGACCGAACCUCGGUAAAUUUGCUAAGUAAAACUUGGAGACCAAGUCAAGUAGACUUGCAGACCAAGCCAAGUACCAAGCCAGGUAAACUUGGAGACCAAACCAAUAUGGUAAUUGAACUUAUGAUCAUUCAUUCUAAUUCUUGCCUUUAGCGUAGUGGGGGGAAAAAGCUAUCAUGUCAAGUCUUUCAAAAUUUCUCUUCAAGCCAGUUUUUUGCAAGUAAGAGAUUUCUUUAAGAAAAAAUAUAAGCGAUUUUGUUCCAAGAUUUGUGUUUUUAGUAAUAGAUCUCCUAGCAAGCAUAAAAUUCUUCUCUAGAGUGUGCAAGUAGGAAGAUAAAAGACAAAUUAAGCAGGAAGCAACCAUGGCUCAGCCUGUGGAUGCUAUGCUCCAAAACCUUUUGCAACUAGUAUACACGGCUGUAAAGAACGAAGCGCAAUUCGCAUUGGACUUCAAAGUUGAGUUUGAUAAAAUGAAGUCACGCCUUGAUCUUAUGAUAGCUUUCAUGAUUGACACUGAGAAUCUCAAGAAUAAGAAUGAAGUUGCCAAGGCAGCUAUAAUCAAGCUUAGGGGAAUGAUUUAUGAUGCUGAUAACGUUCUUACUGAUUGCAUUGUCAGAGAUGAAUACAAGAAAUAUCGGUCUUGCUUCCAUUCAUCCCUCUCUGAUCCAUUGUUUUUGUAUAAGACAGGAAAGAAAUUGAAAGACAUCAAUGCGAGAAUUGAGCAGAUUGAGAAGAGCUUGGGUAGUUUCCAAGGAGCCCCACAUCGUAACAUCCACACUGAAGAUUCAAGCCAUGCCAGAGGAUUCAUGUCUCAGGAUUCCUACCCAUCUGAGACAGUUGGAUUGGAAGCUGAUUUGAAGAAGAUCAAAGGGUGGAUUCUUGACACCCAAGAAACACUUUUGGAAAUUGCCAUUGUGGGGAUGGGGGGUUUGGGAAAAACCACCAUUGCCCAGAAAAUCUUUCAUGAUAAUGAGGUACUAAGUCGGUUUGAUAAGAUCAUAUGGGUUACUGUUUCAAGAGCUUUUAGUGAGGAGCAUGUUCUAAAGUGCAUGUUGGAAAGGUUAGGGAAAAAGGUAUCUGGGUUUGAUAGUAGCCAAUUGUUGGGAGAGUUUCAACAGGUUCUUGCUGAUAAGACUUGCCUUAUUGUUAUGGACGAUGUAUGGGAAAUGAAUGUGGAAUGGUGGACAACCUUGUGCUCCAUUUUCCCGAAACGAGAUGGUAAAAGCAGCUGCAUCAUAAUUACUACAAGGAAUGAAAAUGUUGCUACUGAUAUGGGCGUUGAAAACUCGCGAAUCCAUAAGCCUGAUUUUCUAAAUGACAUUGACAGUUGGUCUUUGUUCUCCAAAUUUGCAUUUUCUUCUAAUAAGGGAAUCUGUCCAAAUCCCAAGUUUGAGAAAAUAGGCAAGGAUAUCAUGAAGAAGUGUGGCGGGCUUCCACUAGCAAUCAAGACAAUAGGAGCUUUAUUAGCCCCAAAGAUUGAAUCCCUUGCUAGUUGGACUCAAACUUGGGAAAGUUUUCAUGACUUAACAACUGAAGGAAGAAAUAAAUCGGUUAUGGCAUCUCUUCAACUGAGUUAUGAUGAACUCCCAUCUCAUUUAAAGCAAUGCCUAUUGUCUUUCUCCAUUUACCCUGAAGACUUCGAGGUAAGAACCGAACAACUAAUCCAUUGGUGGGUUGCUGAGGGUCUUAUCCAGGGGAAAGGCUCAAAAUCAGCAAUUGAAAUGGGGUACGAAUACCUCUUGCAACUAGUGAAAAGGUGUCUUGUCGAAGCUGUGCAACAACGGCGCUAUGAUUUGAGGAUCUACAACUGCAAGAUACAUGAUAUGGUGCGGGAAUUGAUCAGCAUGAAUGCUCAAGAGGAGGCGUUUUGCAGCUUCGAUGAAAAAGGCCGGCAAAAAUUGAAAGAAGAAUGUCGGUGGUUAGGUUUCAGCAAUGCCAUGCAAGGAAAGCCACUAGGAAACAGACCAUCGAUCAGAGCAUUAAUGUUACUGGUGUCAAAUAUUGCGAAGCUUGACUUAAGGAAUUUCGGCUCACUGACAUCCCUUAGAGUGUUGGAUAUCUCAAAUAGCAACCUGAAAGAGAUCAAUGCAGAAGAGCUGUUUAAGUGGAUUAGUUCCCUCAAACGAUUAGCAAAUUUGAAUCUUGCUGGAGUUCGAGGCUUAGAAUCAGUGCCAUCUUCAAUUAGAAAACUCCUCAAUCUUCAGCUGUUGGUUUUGACCAAAUGCGCCGAUCUGAAAAGGAUACAUCCAUCAAUUACAACUUUGAGGAGGCUGAUAUUAUUGGACUUGAGGUCUUGUCCACUUGAUAACCUGCCCAGGGGAUUGGGAGGGUUAUCUAAUCUUCAAGAACUCUCUGGAUUUGUGGUGAUGAGUCAAUCGAAAGGAAACUGUUGCCAACUUAUUGAGCUUGAAGAACUUAAACAGAUGAGAGUACUUCGAAUCAACUUAAGUGAUGAUACUGAAAUCUCAGAAAACGAGCUGAACGUCCUAGGUCAUCUCGAAAACCUCAAGGUUCUAGCUAUUGAUGCUGGCAAUUGUAAAAGGAACACCUCAGAGAUUUUGAAGAAGAUGGAUCGGCUAGUUCCUCCUCCAGCGUUACAGGAGCUGUAUCUUAGGAAUUACCAUCACUCAACUCUACCAUUGUGGGUUUGUCCCUCCCGUCUUACUAGAUUGCAAUAUCUUUCCAUUGAAAAUGGAGAUCUUAUCAAAUUAACCCCAGAGGUUGAGGAUGACAAUCAUCAUAUUGCUUGGAACAUCGAGGGUCUAUGCUUGAAGUUCUUGGCUCGGUUGGAUGUGAACUGGACGAACUUGCAAAAUGAUAUGCCUGUGCUACGCUACAUGGAGGUUAGUCAUUGCUACAAACUGAAAGGUUUCCCCUGUUCUGUCAAGUCUCAAGCGGUUUUAGAGAAAAAAUCAGGAUCUUGGCAAAAAUAUUAGGAUUAAAGAAAAUCACAAUGUCCAGGAAGUCCUUUAAUAUUGUGAUGUCACAAUAAAUAUUAUUUGCGUUCUAUGCAUUGAUGCUGCUGUUGUAAUAUGUGUGGUGUGUGUGGAUAUUUUUAUGCUUUAUUUUAUUGGCCCUAUUCUGUAAUAUUUGUGUCGGUGUAUUUUGUGUAUAAUUGAAAUAAAUUUAACUUUAACUCUGUAUGACGGAACAAAAAUCUUGUCACAACGCUCAAAACUUCAAACAUUGAUAUAUUAGACCCGCUUCCUGCUUGCUAAUUAACAGUCAUAACACUCGACUACAAACAUUGUUGGCAUCACACUUGGUGGAUAUAUGUUAGCAGUCCACUUAUUUUGUAUCUUACAAUUAAUAAAAAAACUUUUAUCCAUAAUCUUCAGGAGAUUUCCUUUUCUAUCUGCAGAUUGCAUCAGUCGAAAAGAGUGAAAAAACUCUUUAGAGCUACAAUGUGAUUUGGCAGUUCCACCUGCAUCCAAUCAAUUGACAAAUGUUUGGUUAUGAAGCCAUAAGAUGCAGAACAAAAAUUCCCUACGAUUCAAACCACAAAUUCACAUAUACUCAACUAUAUAGACAUGAAAUUGACGCUAUAAACCGGUGCCAAAAUUCCAAUUACCAAUCUCCAUAUCUUUGAUAAAUCUUGAGUAG